AUGGUAUUCGCUAUUUUUUUAAUUUGCUUUGUAGCACAGAGAAUUGCCGGUGAUACAGUGGAUGUCAGCGCAGAAUUAGACCCUAUUCGUGUGAGGUAUAACAUGCCAGGUUUGUCGACUAUAGCAUUGAAAAAGGGAGAAAUUGUCGCACAAGGAGCAUCUGGCUAUCGUCGACAAGGUGAAUCAACACCUCUUCUAGUUACCGAUCCGAUUAAUAUUGGUUCAUGUUCAAAAUGGAUGACAGCAACACUUGCUGGUCGACUCGUUGACCGAAAAAUUAUUUCAUGGACAACGCAAAUCCGCGAGUGUUUUCCUGAUUUCAUGAGUUUCAGUAGCGUUUUUCGAAAUGCAACUUUGGAACAGUUCUUAGCACAUCGAUCAGGUGUGCAACAGAGUACCACUUUCUAUAGUCGUCAUUACAAUAAAUUGAUUGUUCAGAAAGGUACAUUCCGAGAAAUUCGUCAUUGGGUUGCUGAAACUGUUCUGAAAGACGGUCCAGAAGUUUCACCAGGUGAAUAUCUCUAUGCUAAUCAAGGUUAUGCCGUAGCUGCCGCUAUGAUAGAACAGAUAACAGGUCAAGAUUGGGAAUCAUUAAUUCAAGAACAUGUUUUCACUCCUUUGCAAAUGACUAGUGCAAUUAUUGGUGUCGUUUAUAACGAAAGUAUUCCACCGAAAACACCAGUUGGUCACGAUUUACCCUCAACUACAAUAACACCUAUUCCACGUCCUCUACUCUCUCCUACUGUAUUGCACAACGAUCAGAGUGCAGCGGGUCCUGGUGGUUAUAUUGCUUGUACACUUCAGGAUUGGGCAAAAUUCUUACACGCACAUGUUGUUGGUGUUAGUACAGGCUAUUUAACGGCUGAAACCUCAGAAAAACUCAAACGUCCGUUUAUUGGUGUUGAAGGUUAUGGAUUAGGUGUUUCGGCAUACAAUCGCACAUGGGCAACUCCCGGUCAAGCUCUUGUUCAUAGUGGAGAUAUAUUUGGGCAAGAUACCGUCUUUUGGAUGACUCCUAGUCGUGAUUUGAUUGUUGCUACAUACGCAAACUGUCGUUCUGAAGAUGGAAGAACUGGCGCAGCUUUAGACACCGUUGCUGGUCUAUUGAUCGGUAGAUACGCAUACAAUAUGACCAGUAGCAGAACAGCUAUUCGCGAACCAAUUAUACUCGAUCAUUUAUCUAUUUUCCCUCGUACUAAUUAA